AUGAAGACUCUUUGCGCUGCACAGGUCGUCGAGUCUCGACUGCGAACCACCUUAGUCCAAGACACCGCCGCGAACUGCUGCGUCUUCAAGUCGUGUUGCAUCCGCGCCGGAAAUGCAUCGGAUGGAAGCGGAGCGAGAAUCGCUCGCCAGCAAAGCCCAUCCUCGACAGACACCAGACAGCACCAAGCACUGUGCCGUUUGACAGACUGCCCCACAUCAACCGCUGUGCUGGAGGUGGCAUGGCGUGGGCAUGGCACGGCAUGGCUGCCAUGCUAUGCACCACCAGUUAGUGCUGCCGGCAUAUCAGAUGCGUCGGUUUGGCUGGCCGACUGCUGGCCUGGUCCUGUCGCAUUCCUCCUCCUUCUUUGCUUUUUCGUUGCUCUACCGUCGAUGCAGUAA